GCCAAACUAUCAUGGCGGCGAGCCCAAACUUACCAGAACUUGGCGGAUAUGACUACGAGUUCACGGGCAAAGUUCCUGAUAACUGUGAAUGUCUCGUGUGCCAUCUACCAAUGAAGGAUCCAGUUCAGAUUGUAGGAUGUGGACACAGACUCUGCAACAUCUGUAUGGAAUCACUCUUGCGACGCCCCUCGCCAUUGUGUCCAGCAGAUAGGGAACCAUUGUCACGUGACAAGAUAUUUCCAGAUUCUGCCCAUCGUCGCGAGAUACUGGAUCUGACCGUGAAAUGUCCUCAUUUUGGAUGUUCAUGGACUGGAGAACUGCGUGCUGUUGAGAAACACCAGUCAGAAUGCCUGUUGAAAGAAGUGCUAUGUUCAAACUCAGGAUGUACAGAGAGGCUUACCAAGAAAGACAUGACGGUUCACGAAUCAUUUGAAUGUUCUUGGAGGAAAAUCAGCUGUGAACAUUGUCAAGAAUCAUUCGUCUUUCAUGAAAAGCGGGACCAUUUAGAAGUUUGCCCAAAGUUUCCUGUUCAGUGCACCAAUAACUGCGGCCUUGGAGCGAUUCCACGAGAAAAGCUUGAGGUUCACAUUCGCGAUGAAUGUCCCGAAACUGAAGUCCACUGUGAAUACAGAAACUUAGGAUGCGAGGCUAUGUUUGCACGAUCAAACACCAGUUCGCAUUCAAGGUCCCAAGUUGAACGUCACUUAAGUCUAGCCCUCCAUUGCCUCGACGCCAAUCGGUUGCAGGUUAAUGAUCUAGUCAGCAUUGUCAAGGAACAGUCACAGCAAACAGAAUGAUUGGUGGUCCAAGUUAAGGAACAGUUACAGCAAAGAGAACGAUUGGAGGCCCAAGUUAAAGAACAAUCACAGCAAUCAGAACGACUAGAAGCCCAAGUUAAGGAAGAAUCACAGCAAAGAGAACGAUUGGUGGCCCAAGUUCAUAAACAGU